UCCCCCAGAAAUACCCAAAUGCUGAUGUGUUACAAGGAAUGUUAGCGCUGGUAGACUCCUGAGUUUGUUGUUUUGUUUUUCGAUGCAGUAACACAAUAACGGAGAGCAGCGGCAGUGGGUCAGAUUGAGGUCGAUGUGAAAGAAGACGCAGUGGAAGAGAAAUCAGCAGCACCGGGUCAGAGAGCGAAUGGCGCCCAAAGGUAAAGUUGGCACAAAGGGAAAGAAGCAGAUCUAUGAGGAGAACGAGGCGACUCUGAAGUUCUACACAAGAGUCAUUCUAGGAGCUAAUGCGAUAUACGCUGCCGUAAAUCUUUUGGUUUUCUACAGUUCAUCUACAUUUUGGACAUGGCUGCUGCUUGCUUUUGCACUAGCAGUGUAUGUUGGGAGUUACCGCUCCAUGUCUGCCAUGGCCAAGCCAGUGUUUGCUGAGGAUGGAAGUCUCCUGGAUGGAGGAAUAGACUUGAACAUGGAGCAGGGAAUGGCAGAGCACCUGAAGGACGUCAUCCUGCUCACAGCCAUAGUACAAGUGCUCAGCACAAUCUCCUCGUAUUUCUGGUAUCUUUGGCUGCUGGCCCCGGCCCGUGCCCUGCACCUGCUCUGGGUGAAUUUUUUGGGCCCCUGGUUUAUGGCAGAAAGCCCAUCAGCACCAGAGGAAGUGAAUGAGAAGAAGCAGAGAAGACAAGAGCGCAGACAGAUGAAGAGAUUCUGAUGCUGCAGAGCAGACGGAGCAGUAUUUUUAUAAUCUAAUAUACGGAUGGCGAGGAACUCAUAAGUUAUUUAGGAAGAAAUUUUGUUAUUAAGUUAAACUCGAUCCAAAUCUGAUACUGUGGAAUCUUGUUUUCCAUGUUUUCUUCCUGCUUUUUCUUGUAAUCCAAUUUUCCCCCUAAAUUAUGAAAUGAAAUGUUCCCUACUUAGAUAAUGUCACGGUCCAAAUAUCAUUUGUCCUCAAGCAGAGAUUUAAGAGCAGAUUUACUUUCAGUUACACCCCACAUACCACCCCCCAAUAACGAAAAUGAGUCCAAACUGAAUUUGUUUCAUCAGUGCCACGUUUUUCAUGGAAUGUCUUUUAUUUUAUUUUAUUUUUCAGAAAUGUCUCUGAUGUAACACAAUUCAUCAGUGAUCCUUCAAUACCGAGCCAACAGAUUUUGUUUGUGAGCUAUUAAGACUUAUAAAAUCAACUGGUUAUAAAUCAAGUUUUAAUAGGAAAAUGGGAACAUUUUUGCAAUAAAAAUCUUCCUGCAGUGUGUGGAGUUUAUCAUGAUAUUAUUAUAUAUCAGAAGAGAUUUUUUUUUUUCAGUUGUCAGGUUCUUUCUCUCUGUUUUUUGUUUCUAAACAUUGUUCCUUCAGUCAUGAAUUCAAGUACUGAGCUUUUCCUAGGAGGCUAAAAUUUGCUUUUGGUGCCUUAAUAAAUACAUUGGAGCAUAAAUGACUGGGUCCAACUUAAAGGAUUUCUAACACACUUUAAACGGUUUUAAUGUGAUUUUCAUAGAGAAAUGAAAAAUUUUAGCCUCCUCGGUCAAAAGUAGGAAUAUUUGGCUAAAAUUAAAGUCAUGUACCAUAAUGGCUGUUACAGUUCACAGCCCAGGUGUCCAUAGUUUCAUUUCAUAGUCUAUUGUUAAUUUCUGUUGUUUAGUAUGUCAAAUUAAUAUCUGAAUUCAUGUUUUUGGCAAUAAUUUUUACUUUUGUCAUUCUGUGGUCAUCUUUUUGGUUUGGCAGUAUUCAAAUGGUCCAUUUAUCCAAAUAAAAAAGACAUUUAAGUUGGUUUAUGCAUUAAAUGCGAGGAAAUAAAAGAACCGUCCUGA